CAAUGCAGAAGAUUUCUGACAAAUAAGUUAUUCAGUCAUUCAAUUUUAAUGCAUGUGUUUUCUUUAAUAUAAAAUAGUUAAGGACGGACUGUUUCUCGGAAUAAACUAUAAUAAUCUAAUCACAAUCAAGAUGGCUGCUCCUUCUACUACGGGUUCGGAAUAUGCCGACAGUGAGAUGCCUGCUUCUGUUCUUGGCGAAGCGACGCCCGGACCAGCCGCGGCCCCGAGCGGGUUUCCCCCAUACCCGCCGUAUGCGACCGAGCCAGCUCCACCUUCGGUCGCCGACACGAUACUGGCUGGUCGAGACCUGCGCGUCCAACACAAAUCUACACCGAAACCUCCAGUUCGGCCACUUCCUAGACCAGCCAAGCCCAGGGGUCCUAAAGCGACGGAUGUCAAAAUGUCGAAGCGUGCUAUGAGAGCCCAUGCUAGGUGUCUCCGGCGACAUGGUGCUGUUCUGACGGACAGACUGGAGAAGAUAUCGAAACCUCCUCUUCGUAGUAUUAUCUACUUAUGGCGACAGCAUGCGAACACUCUCCCGCCAGAGACGAUUGCACGUCUACGUUCUAUGCUAGACGCAGAUGAACCUUUCAAGCCUGAGCAGGCCUAUGAAUAUUUUAUCAAUCUUCGCAAAUCUAAGAAGAAGUCUGACAAGGUGCAAGUCCAUCACAUGAAGAAGGAUAUACUCGCAAUAUGUCAAGACAAGAGGUUCACGUGGGCUCGGAAUGCAACAGUAGCUUUUGCUAGAGGAAUCCAACAGAGAUUGGCCGAGCCAGGAUCUUAUGCCCUGGCUGACGGAAUGCUGCGGCUAUCGAAUAUAAUUCUAGAAGAUUUAUGCUGUAAUAUGCACACAAAACCACCUUCACGACGAUGCACGCAUCCGAAAGCCAAGUUUAUGAUGGAGAUGGCUGAUAAAGUCGCGGUCUGGAUUGACGAAAUACUUGCCGAGUCUGAUGAUAAAAUGCUGAUGAUGGACUUUGAUGAAGAUGAAGAAGUGGAGAAGAGUCUUGCUUCACCGCCGGAACCUGGCCGUUCCACGUCUGAAUCCAAUUCAGCUUCCCUCGCUGGAACACCUAGUGCUACCGUGGAUGCAACACCAGCUUCUUCAGGGACAGCUCUCGCUGGUACUCCUAGUGGUACUCCAAUGGGAACUCCGAGGGCAUCAAAUACAAACAUUCCAAAAAAUAACUAAUUAGAUGUGAUCCACGCCGACGAAGCAGGAGACGCUGGCUUCACCGAUGACUUUCUUGACAUGAUGGGCGCUCGUGGCGGUGGACUUUUAAAGUAUCCACUUCCUGCCUAUUUGAAGUUUACGGGAGAAAUGGCAGAAGCGUUUAAAAUUUUAACCGAUUCCAUGGUUAGUAAAGGUAAUGAAGAAUUGCUGGCACACGGAAAGUUUAAGAUGACUUUUAUUGAAGGAGCUGAUGAAUUAAAAGAAACGACAGAUUUCAAUGCGCCCGAUUUGAAUACUGCAUUAGCUAGUAAAGUAAGGAAUGUUCUAGCAGAUACGGUGAAACCGAACACACCAAGUAACAUUGUCCCUUUCAUGAAAGAGAUGGUCGAGAUAUGUUCAAAUUACUUAGCGCAGUAUGCAGAAUACAACAAGGAUAAAGGGCCAGCUUUUAAACUGCUCGUUAAAGCAAUGAAAGCAAAAGGGAGUCAACAGUUAUACACGAAGGGAAAGAUUAAGAAAACAAAUGGAAAGGCAGCAACGGACUUAGAAGAAGCUAAAGGCUUGGAGAGUGAUCACGAUGAUCCAAAUUUGUCUCAAGAAAUUCAUUCGAGGCUUUCCAAAUUGGUUGAAGGCCAAGUACCUCAAGAUCUUAAAAACGACAUGACAGACACAUUGGAUAUUACUUCGAAGUAUCUGUCGCAGAGUGCUAUAGAUGAACUUGAACGUGGGCCUGCGUUUGAUCUGCUCAUUAAAGAAUUGCAACGAAAUGGCGGUGACCCUUUUACUCCACAAUUUGCUCCAGUUUCAACUAAAUUUGCUGGUUCCUAUGUAUUAAAAUCUGCGCCCGGUUUAUCCAGCAUUGAACCAGAUGCGACCACUGCUCCCAUAUUUCUGGAUGUACUGCACAGAUCAGUCGACGCUGCUACACCUAAAGCGCUGACAAAUGACAUGAACGAGGUCAUUCAGCGGUGUGCUAAUUACUUGUCGGCUUUCGUAAGAGAUAGAGAUAUAGCGUUACAAAUUCUACUGAAAAUGAUGAAAGGAAAUGCUAGUAAAGAUUUAGCUCAGAGGAAUAAUUACUCCACAAAUUAUGGAACUGGCGCGGCUGAGACUGAAGCUGCGCCGAUUUUGAUACCAUUUCUGCCAAUCAAAGACAUUGCGGACGAGGUUAAACAGAAAAUAAGCCCAGACGCGGAAAAGGUAACGCCGCCAAAGUUAAAAAUCGCCAUGAAAGCUGUUGUUCAGGAUGUAUCGCGGUAUUUAUCACAACCAACCGCAUUAAGAAGUGGUGCGGCAGGAGACAGGUAUCCACUGAACUUGUUGGCAGCUGUGAAGCAAUCGCUUGGAAGUAGACCAUUAUUUAAAUUCAAGAGUUUUGGCCAGACUUAUGCUGAUGCAGCAGACGUGCUGAAAUAUGCUGGGCCGUUGGAAAGCGAUCCCACUCAAAAAUCUGAAAAUUUAAAAGCUGAAAUUAUGACUGAAAUGAGAAGAGGUGUUCCGCAAAGACUGGCGCCGUCAAUCACAACAGAUCUGAAAGGUACAAUGGAUGAGGCUGCAACGCAUUUAGCAAAAAUAGGAAUGGAGAAAGGGGAAGCAUUACAAUACUUAGUUAAUUUAAUGAAGGAGCAAGGUGAAGCACCAUUGGCACAACUGCAGGGCUACCAACAAACGUACAACGAUGGCGCGAGAAGAAUCGAGGUUGCUCCAAGCCUAGCAAAUGAGAAAGUGGACAAGGAUGCUUACGAGGACGUCCGAGGGAAGUUCAAUACUCUAGUUGAUGCGAAACCCGCGGCAGAACAUAAGAAGCACAUGCCAGGUAUCAUAGAGGAUGCUUCGAAAUUUCUAGCCAAACCCAUGCCAGAGACUCCAGCCGAAAAGCGUCAAAUAUUAGCAGAUUUAAUGACUCGUCAAGGUGAUGCCGUAUUGGGAAAAGAAGAUAUCUACAAAGUUACUUAUACCGAAGGUGGUCGGGAAUUAAUGAAGGCUCCUGUGGGCGUCACAAAUUCCGUGGACGACAACAAGAAACAAGAGAUUUCCGAUAAAAUAGCAACUGUCAUACCAGAUAAGAAGCUGGAAGUUCAAUUGAAAGAUAGCGUCCAGGAAGGAUCGGCUUAUAUAACGGAUAUACUCAAAGGACGAGGCGAAGUAAUGAAAGCUAUACACGACGGCAUGAAGAGUGAAAAGGAUAAAGAAUUUCUAAAUAUUGGAAAAUUCUCGAAGUCUCAUGGCGAAACUGCAGAUAUGUUAUCGAAUGCGUCGCAUUUUGGUGGUCAAAAUCCCUCACCUGUGAUUGUAGACAAAGUAGCACCGUUGGUGAAUGAUAUUAUAUCUGCGAAACAAGUGUCUGCGAAAGCGAAACCAUAUGUGACAGAAACAACUAACAUAACUACGAAUUACAUCGCUGGAAUUGCUACCAAUGAAUGUGGGCUGGAUGCUAAAGCUCUCGCUGAGUUAGACGCAGGAAAGGCGCGUAGCCAAGAAACAAAAAUGGAACAAAUAGUCAGUGAAGGAAGCAGACCAGAAAACACAGAAACUGAAAAAGCAAGACUAGAACGUGAAAAAUCUAAAACAGGAACAAACGCAGACAGAGAAAUAGCUAGAAGUGUAGUUUUAGAGGUUGAUGCAGAAAGGGAACAGGCCUUAAAGAUAUUGCACGGGCAACUUAAGGCGAAAGGUGGCGAGACUUUUUACAAGCAACCUCACAAUCAUUUAACGCACAACCAGGCAUCAGAAUGGCUCUUAAUGAAUCCUCCGAUGGUGGUGGACAGAUCCGUGAAGGAAUCAGGAGAUACCUCCCGUCUCCACAAGAAGUUUGAGAGAAAACUUAGCACACUCGUAGCGACAGUAACUCCAGAAGAAAUGUACGAUACUAUGCAAGAUGUUAUAAUUGAAUCUUCAAGAAUAUUAUCAGAGUAUUUCGUCACUAAUAGCUAUAAAGCAUUGGUGCGUGAUGCUCUCAUAUCGGGGAUGCAAAAACGACGGAACGAAAUCCUCAUCGAAGUAAAUGGCGCAGCUGAAACAUAUUUUUUCGCUGCACAAAGGUUAAAAAAGGUUCAAUCGCUUGAAGUAAAAGAUCCGUCUCCAAACAUUUCUUAUUUCUUGGCAAAGAACUUAGAGGAAAUUAUAAGGUGUCACUCUAUGGCAAGAAAAUUGAUGGCUGCUAUGAAAGAUCACAUCAAAGAAGCUUCUGACUUUUUGUCAGUCUUAGUAACAAAACCAGAUGAGCAAAUAGAAGCUUACGCAGCUCUGCUAAAUGAGAUGGAGGCGGCUGGAGACACUCUUCUUAUAGAAACAAAUAUACCAAAAACUUAUAAAGAUUCAGCAGAUUUCUUACGUCAUUUGACAUCUUAUAAGGAUAAAUAUGGCCGUUCAGAUUCCUCUCUGCAAUCAAGCACUGAAGGAAAAUUGAAACAACUAAUGGCUCAUGUCAAAUCCGGAGGAUACAGUGAAGCUGCUUUGAAUGGUACCAUAACUGAAUCCACAAAACUCCUCGUGUCGUACAUUGUUUUACAAGGUGAAAAAACAGAGGUAUUAAAAGAAAUGAUUGGGCAUAUGGAUCAUGUUGGCGGGAAUGUGUUGUUAAGACAUGGCAAGAUAAGAAAAACAUAUUCUGAAGGAGCCGAUUUGUUACGUCCUAAAAAUGCUGAUCAAUUGAGUGUUCCUGGCGCUGACCCUGUCGUUUCUAGAAAAAUUCAAAUCAAACUCCGCAAUUUAAUGGAUAAAAACCCACCAAAAAAGCAUUUGGAACUAGUAGAUGCUGUAAUUGAAGAUGCUACAAUGUUCAUGGCGAUACACUUUUUAGAACCACAAAUAAUACAAGUCUGCAAAUGCAUGAAGAAUGUGUUCGUUCAGUGUGAGCUGUGGUGUGAUGAGAUAUUGCGUCGAGUUGCCCAACCUUGUUGUUCGUGCUCUCGUCAUGUAUCUACCCAGGCCUUGUCCGACGUAGCACCUGGGAAGAAGUUGCAAGUGUGUCCAGGAACUUCAAGAGCGCAUGAAUCUGGGAUCAAUUUGAAUGUUUCUCAAUGUCCGCAUCACAUGUUACAAAAGUCUCCAUGUCCUGCACAUAAACCAACAAUUGACUGCGGAAGAUCAACGACUGCUUCGUACUUACUAUAUUCUCCAACAUUUUCCCACUUUUAUCCUUACAAGAGAGAUAAUGUUCACACUGACGAUACAGUGCCAAUAACUGGAGAGGGUUCACUAAAUCCUAAUUUGCCAUCUGGUUCCCCUUCGCUAACCUUUCCGGCUGAUUUAUCUAGCUCGAAAACAACUGAAAUAGACACUGAUUCCACGCUCUUUUCUUACCAUACGCCUCAGAGCCACACACCUGUAGCCAGCAAAGAUGAAUCAGCUGGACCAUUUACCCAAUCGAGUUAUGCCAUGUUUUUUGAAACUAAGCCACAACGUUUAAGUCGAAUAGAUUACAAAGGAACAAGCCGACACAAUGAAAAGAUAUCGACACGAAGUUAUAGUUCAAGAACUCCUAUAGUAACAACGGAUGAAAUGGCUGAUUGGCACGCAAUGAUGGUCAGCCUUAUUUGGAAUUUGCAAGCUUGGCGGGAUUGGAUUCAGGACAAUAUAAAUCGUGCUCUUUAUUAUUAUCAGGAGCAGUCGAGAAAUUCGGAUGAACCAGAAGAAAGCUGGUUAACAUUUCAGAGAAGAGUGACAACAGAAGCAUUGCAAUGGAGACAAUAUAAUAAAUUCAGCAGACAACUUACUAUGCGUUUAGCACUUCGAUAUCAAGGUCGAGAGAUCUUGUCUCCAACAAGAUCAACUGUUGCUACUGACACCUACAUUGAAUGUCAACAAGACACGCUACACAUUAUAGAAAUGUUCAACAAAUGGACACAAUGGAUUACCGUGUUGCUCAAAGAAACAGAUUCAAUGCAGCAGGAGUCCAGAGAAUCAGCAACACAAGACAUGAGGUGGCCGCAUUUUAGAGAGAAAGUCCAGGAGCACGCGAAUGACUGGGCGGUAUAUAAUACUUAUCUUGACGAAUGUUGGCAAAAGAAAUAUGAACAAAUAAUUUCAGCGUGGAAGCAGCCAGGUCCGGUGUGGGUGGUGAGUGCUUGCGGCGCGGUCCCCAGCGGUGCAGUGGCCGCCGGCGUGUACGAGGGCGAGGUCAUAUGGGUGGCACGAACCACGCACAGAUCUAACGUGCUGCCAGCAGCUCUUCACCCGUCCAAGCACUGCUGUGUCCUGUAUGCCGAUGGUGGCGUGCAUCACUACACCAAGUAUCAGGUGAUGUGUAACGCUGAGGUCAGCUGGGUGGCUUGGCGCGCUGGUGACGUGAGCGCCAGGACCGUGCGGGUCGCCAGCGGGGUCCACGUGGGGCGCGUGCACUACCGGGGCUCCCACCUGCUCGGAGCCGUGCAGGCGCCAGCCUACCGCUGCCACGUGCUCAUCUACGGCAGACCCUUCGCCUUCAGCUGCUACGACCUCCUAGUGCUCAACGAACCUUGACAUUAUCUUG